GCCAUAAAUACGUAUGAGUCCACUCUGAAAUUCUUCUCCAAGAGCAAAGUAUCCUUCCACAGCUUACUUGCUAUUGACCUUCCGUCAAAGAUGUCCUCUACCAAACCCAAGGUCGCCUUCGUCACUGGUGCGAACGGAAUUAGCGGAAAUGCUAUCGUGGAGCAUUUAAUUCGCACACCCAAGGCAGAAUGGUCAAAGAUCAUUAUCUCCUCCCGCAGCCCCCUCAAGGGGUAUUGGCAGGAUCCGAGAGUGGAGUUCAUCGCAUUGGACUUUCUCGAGCCUGUUGAGGCAAUCAUCUCAAAAAUGGCUCCUUAUUGCCAUGAUGUGACACACGCUUACUAUACUUCAUAUGUGCAUACCGACAAUUUCGCACGCCUGAAGGACUUGAAUGUACCGCUAUUCGAGAACUUCCUUACGGCAAUUGAUCAAGUUGCAAGGAAUACUCUUCAAAGUGUGUGUCUUCAAACUGGUGGGAAGCACUACGGAGCGCACCUGGGCCCCGUGAAGCAGCCAUGCAGCGAGGAACACCCACGGUACGAUGAUAAGGGAGAGAACUUCUACUACCCUCAGGAGGACUUUAUGUUCGCGAUGCAGAAGGACAGAAAUUGGACGUACAACAUUAUCAGGCCGAAUGCGAUUAUAGGGUUCACACCAGGGGGGAACGGGAUGUCCGAAGCUCUCACGCUGGCAUUGUAUUUUCUCAUCUGCCGAGAAACGGGAGAAUUCCCGCGCUUCCCUGGGAAUCAGUUUUUCUAUACCUGCCCUGACGACAAUUCGUAUGCACCUAGUCUUGCCGAUCUCAGUGUUUGGGCGACCACGACUCCAGCGGCGGCCAAUGAGGCCUUCAACCAUGUCAACGGAGAUACAUUCGUCUGGCGGUAUUUCUUCCCCAAGAUUGGGAGUUAUUUCGGCUUAGAGGUUCCAGAAACAACCAAAUUCGGUGCAACAGGUGAAGCCGGAACCCAGACUGAUAAUGAAUUCAAAAUGGGAGAGUGGGCAGCUGACAAGAAGCCCGUGUGGGAGGAACUCUGCCGGAAGCACGGCGGUAACCCGGAAGCCUUCAACUGGGGUACCUGGGGGUUCUUUGACUGGGCCAUCGGUAAGGCCUGGCCCACGGUUAGCUCUAUCACCAAGGCGAGGAAGUUUGGGUGGAAUCGGUAUGAUGACACCUACGAGAGUUGGAUUGAAACGUUCCGCUCGUUUGAGAAUGCCGGUAUUUUACCGCGCAACGGGGGGAAGGAAGUAUCCUGAUCGGCUGGAUUGAUAUGAUAAGGCUGAGGAAUGUAAAAUUCAAGAUAUCGGCUUGCCAUGUUCACCGCAGCCUGAACCCGAAGAUUUCACGCCUGCCAACGAGCAAUCAGGUUGGCCAGAUUGACCGUAACCAAGGAUCAUCCAAUAGUACCUUGUGAAUUCUACCUCCCUGGGCUCCCAUUUGAGCAUCUUGUCCAGGAAUCGGAUGAAAAGCUGCUGUUGUUCGCCCCUCCGAAUCCGCAUCAAACUUUCGUAACCCAAUUUACCCAUC